GGGGGUCCAGGCGGAGAGGGUGGGCAUUUCUCUCACAGGCCUGUGGUCCUCAGCCUUGCGGGGACAGAGCAGGUGCAGACUCAGUCUGUGGUCUGUGCACCUGCUGGGUCCCAACGGCCACCUUCUGCACCCCUCCCCAACUCCUGUCUCUGGGAGGUGCCGAUCACCCGAUAGAGAGGGGUGAGGCAAGAGACCGCGGGAGCCCUGGUGUAGGUGGGGCAGCACCACCGAGGAGAUCAGCCAGAGCUGGCAUGGCCACGACCUGCGCGCUCCCCUACCACACGGCCAAGAGUGGUUCGGGGACCGGCAUGUUCAACACAGCCAUGGGGAAGCUGCAGCGCCAGCUGCACAAGGGGGAGUACGACAUCUUCAGGCACGCGCCCAUCUUCGAGAGCGACUUCAUCCAGAUCACCAAGCGGGGCGAGGUGAUUGAUGUACACAACCGCGUGCGCAUGGUGACCGUGGCCGUGGCCUCCACCAGCCCCAUGCUCCCCAUGCCUGAUGUCAUGCUGCUGGCCCGCCCGGCCACCGGCCUUGAGGACCACGCGGGCCGGGCCCAGGCCCGGGGCAAGGGCCGCAAGGGGGCCAAGGCCUUGGAGCUCACCAGGCUCCUGCCCCUGAAGUUCGUGAGGCUCUCCAUCCAUGACCGAGAGAAGCAGCAGCUGCGUCUCAAGUUCGCCACCGGCCGCUCCUGCUACCUGCAGCUGUGCCCAGCCCUGGACACGCGGGACAACCUCUUUGCCUACUGGGAGAAGCUCACCUACCUCCUGCGGCCGCCCAUGGACAGCCACAGCAGCACCUAUGCCCUCCCGGCCGGGGACAUGGUAUGCAUGCCAGUGUUUGAGGAGGAGGAGCUCCGUGUGGGGGAGGCAGAUUGCCCAGGCAGGGGAGACCAGGACCAGGUCAGCAUCAGGAGUCUCCAUGGGGUCCCCGAGGUAGCUGGGGCCACCUCUGCAGCUUUUUCGGGGGGGGAAGGCAUCCCCCAGGAUACCCCCAAACCCAUCCACGUGCACUAUGUAAGCACCUCAAACACCAACCUUACAGAGCUCCCCCAAGACUCAGCCGCAGGGGCCAUGACAGAGGCAGUGGCAGCAGGGGUGGUCCUGGACCAGCUGAGCCCAGCCUCCGCGGGGGCUGCCCAGGGCCGGGGAGGAAGCAGAAGCAACACAGCCCCCGCAGGUGCUGCUCCCGCGUGCCUGAAGAGGCUGAAAGCCGCCUUGGCAGGAGCCACAAGCCAGUCCACAGAAGCCAUCGUGGAAGUGGUCACGGUUGAGGCGGAACCCACCAGCCAGGCUGUCAGCGAGCCGGCGAGCAGUCCGGGACAUCCAGGUGAGGAUCGUGACUGCUCCGCCCUGGCCCAGGAAGAGCAGGGGUGUGAAGGGGAGGGACGGCAGCGAGGGUCCCAGGGCACUGGCUCCCGCCAGGGGAGAAGAGAGAGGCGGGAACGGAGGGAGAAGGAGAGAACGCUCAGGAGCCGGCACCGCAGGGCCACCGAGAGCCACCACAAGGCAGGGGGGGACAAGAUGCCGCGAAAGCUCCCCAGCGGCCGGCCCCUUCCCAACCGGAGAGCCUCAAGGGACGACAAGGAGAAGGGCCGCGGAGGCAGCAGGCGGGGCGCCGCACACAAGGGCCUGAGCCACGUAUCGGUCACCAAGGAGUCCAGGUCCUCCCACAAGUCUGCCAGGAGCCUGUCCACCCUGAGCUCCAGUUCCGCCGCCAACAGGCUUAGCAGGGUCGGCUCCUUCCUGCGGAGUGUCAAGGCCAACCUCACUACUAAAGCCCUGGUGUCCCCUUGGGAGAGGGACCAGGACCUCCUGCCCCAGCCCGCAGGGGAGGCCCUCGUCCAGCCGGCAGAGAGCUGCCAGGGGCCCCAGGCCACGGGCAGCGUGCCUCCCGAAGACAUGGACACGGUGACCAUUGAAGUCCAUUCGUAGGCCGGGGGCUGAGCUUUUCUGGCUGCAGUUUAAAUAAAGAACCACAGAAUCUGAGUGCGCGUGCUGCCCUCUGU